AAGACCAGUGUGCAGUCGCAGUCUCCUCCACACUGAGUGCGCAGCGCCUUCACACAACUCUCCAGUUUGGAACUUAAACCCCACACUGCAUGAACUUGCAAACCUCCGCUGCUGUUUUCUCGCCUGUGAACGACCUUAAGUGUACCGCUGUGGCAGUUUUCCAGCAGAUAGUCGGACCCCGAAAAGCGUCGGGACCAGUGAAUAGAGAAGCUGCGGGAGUGGUCUGGAAACUCUUGCCAUCAUGAGCACCCGAGGGGUCGACCUUGAUACCUACAGUCUGUCGCUGCUCACAGCCAAAGAGGACAUCCUUAACCCCCGGUCCUCCACCAACUGGGCCAUAUUCACAUAUGAUGGACUCACCAACAAGCUCAAACUGGCGGACUCAGGAGCGGGUUGUAUGGCAGAGCUGGCAGAGAAGUUUCACAUCUCCAAGCCUCAAUAUGGACUGUGCAAGGUCAGCAGCAUGGAGACUGGAGGCCCCCGGAUUGUUCUGAUCAGCUGGGUCGGCCAAAAUGUGGAGGAAUACAGAAAGACAGAGUGUGCCGGUCACAUUCCAGCCAUCAAAAACUUAUUCAAGGAAGCACAAGCGUUCUUUAGUGCAGAGAAGGUAGAGGAUGUGACGGAUGAGAAAGUAAAAGAAGAGCUCAGCAAAGCCCAGGCCCAGACUCCUGCACAGUGGGUGAGGAGGAGCUCCAGGUCCGCAGACAAGGAGGAAAUAGUGGGUACAAAUUAUAGAAAAACCAAUGCUGCAAUGGAGAUGAGACAAAUAAACAGAGACUCCUUCUGGGCACGUGCAGAGCGUGAAGAGGAAGAGAGGAAAGAAGAUGAGAGGAGACGAGCCACAGAUGAGAGACGUCGACUUGAAAGAGAAAGAGUCUUAAAGGAAAAGAGGGACGCAGAAGAAAGAGACAGAAAGAUGAACGAGAAGCUACAGAUGAUCGAAGAGCAGAGAAGAAAACAGGCAGAGCAAGAGGCAGAGCUGCGCGGGAAAGAGAAAUUUAAAUGGGAGCAGCAGCAGAGGGAGCAUGAGGAGUUUAUGAGAGCUCGUCUGAAAAGGAGUGAGUCCAUAGAGAAAGCUGCAGAAGCAGCAGCAUUAGUGUCCCAGCGCUCCAUGAACCCCAGAGAGUUCUUCAGGCAGCUCUCAUCGUCCUCAUCACAAAGUCCCACGAGCCCCGGAUCGUCCCGCUCAGGCAAACCCCUCAGACGAUACCAGCGCAGCCUGACGGACACAGCAUUCAUCUUCUCCAAAGCUGAAGAGAGCGCAACAUCAUCCCCUUACAGUUCUCCCCUGGUCUCCCCCUUUUCCAGAGCAUCUCCCUCUCCCUUCUUCCGUGCCACGUCCCCCCCCACAAGCCCUGACUUCCGCUCUCUCAUUUCUACACAAAGGCCCAGAGCCCCCAUGUCUCCGCCCACCUCACCUUUACGCCCAAUCCCUCCUUUCUCAGCCCUGCCCAGUGUCCCACAAACUAACAGACACGUUCAGGCUGUUGUUGAAAACAAACCCAAAUCACCCACACAACCUUCUGCACCUCCAGCAUCCCCUACUCUCUUUGCUUCUUUAGACAACACUUCUGAACCACAUGCUACACUCAAUAAUACCCAAACCCAGCCAGAGAACACAGCUUUCUGCUUCGAGCCCGGUGUAGCUCCGCAGGCUCCAACAAGCCCUCUUCCAGAGAGACCACAGACAAACACAGACCUCGCCACAGCCGCUCAUAAGCACAUUGAGCUGGUCUCAGACUUUGGCUACAAAGUACAGGCUGUGCUGGUGGAGGAGGACGAGGAGGACGAGGAUGUGGCAGAGCAAGAGGAAGAAAAGGUUGAAACACAACCAAAGCCAUGUGGUGUAACAGAACCAGUCCACCCAGAACCAGAGGAGCCGGAGCGAGAGGAGGGGAAGGAGCAGGAUGAGGACAAGGAGGAAGAGGAGGACAGAGUGAAACUAGAAGCUGAUCCGGCCUCACCAGAGGUGGAGGUUUUAUCAGUGGAUGGAGUGCAAGAAGAAGAGGAGGCAAAGGAAGAAAGAGAUGAGAAUAACCAAUCAGCAGACAAUAAGGCUCCUGAACCUGCAGAGAUUUUGGAGACAGACGAGUGUGCAGUCAAAGAUGCCAAAUCAGUUUGUCAAGACGUCAAACAUGAUACUGUCAUCCUGUCCACCAAUGGGAUCAUCAAUGGAGACACACACAAUGGAGAGCGAUCUUUGAGUCCAUCUGACACUGAGCUCAGCUCACCGGAGCUGGCUGUGUGCUUUGAUGUGUUGGAUCCGGCGGAGGAGGAGGAUGAUGAUGUUGAGGAAGAGGGACAUGAGAUCACAGAAAAUGGACAAGAGGUUUUAGCCGAGCAACAAAUGUGCGUCCGAGCUCUGUAUGACUACCAAGCAGAGGAUGAAUCUGAGAUCUCCUUUGAACCAGGUGACAUCAUCACAGACGUGGAAACGGUGGACAAAGCCUGGUGGAGGGGAUUUAGCAAAGAUGGCCGUCAAGGCUUGUUCCCUGCCAAUUAUGUGGAGACCAUAUAGGCAGGCAGCGACACACUUACACACAAGAAGAGUCAAACACACACACACACUCACACACACUCACACACACUCAGGGACACCAUCUCCCAUCACGUUUGUUCAUGUUUUUACCUUAAUCCUCCCACUGAAACUUUGACUCUAUGUUCUCGAGGAAGAAUAAAGAAAAAUGUGACUCUCGUUUGUAGAAAGCAUAAAGAACAAGUGUGAAUCUGUAUUUUGAUAUUUCUUUUUAUCCAGAAAAACUAAACAUUGUCACAAGUGUGUAGAAAUUACCCAGCCUCAUUUGCUUGGAUAUAAUAGCAGAGAGCUUUUUUCUUGGACCAAAAUAACUUAUUACCUUUUGAGACGGAGCAGGAGUGUUGGUGGGAGGGAUCCGAUCACUGUGACAAAUGAUCACAAACUUGCUUUUCAUGUAGGAACAAAAAAAACAACUGGUUUUUAUAGUGUAUAUUCCUCUUUUUGAUAACAACCUUUCCAGUGAGUGUCACGUUGUUAAAAAAAAUUGUACUGAUCUUGACUGGUAUAUAUAAUCAAGAAAAAUGUAUGAGACAUCAUUUUAUAAUCAUCUUCCUGUGUUUCCUGAGUUUAUUUUGUAGCACUGUAGUUGUUCCUGACAGGCUCACAGCACAUUUUAAUUACCUAAACCACCAAAACAGCAUUAAUAAGGAUAAACAAGUCGAGGGAAAAGGGCCUUGUAUUGACACCUGUACGUCUCUGUCACUCUGUGAGAUGGAUGUAUUUUGUUCUUUUCCUGAUGUUUUUCCAUACAUUUUGUCUCCUUGCGUCUCAGAUGAAUUUUUCCUUGAUUUUAAGAAAAGUAAACACUAUUUCCACACAGAUGAUAUAAAAAGAAUAUUUCAGUUUUAAUCUUCUGUAAUAUCUGUAUGUAUGUAUAAUAAAACACAUCAACGAUCUUCUCUUUUUCUAUACUUAACUUUUAUGUUUGUAUGAUGAAUGUUCUUUGUAUUUACUCCAAACUUACAAAUAUAUACCAUCUACAAACUCAAA